UUAUCUUAUUCCCGCUAUUUCCCGAUGAAAUAAAAAAUAACUUGUGCUGUUAUUUUUAUUUUUAAUUAUCUUAUAUCUCACUAACGCUUUCACAUUAUGACGAGUUCUGUCAGUACAAAUCCAUCAACAUUAUUGCCUUUAGAAUUAGUUGACAAAUGUAUCGGUUCUCGGAUACAUAUUAUUAUGAAAAACGAUAAAGAAAUUGUCGGCACCUUGUUAGGUUUUGAUGAUUUUGUAAAUAUGCUGCUCGAAGACGUGACAGAAAGCGAAGCAACACCCGAGGGACGAAGAGUCACCAAACUUGAUCAAAUACUGCUUAACGGAAGCAAUAUCACAAUGCUUGUACCUGGUGGAGAAAUGCCUGACACGUAAAAAAAAAUAACUUUCUCUGGUAUAUUUUGUACAAUAAAAAUUUGAUCUGUAAUUUACACAUACUACUACAGAAUAUUAAAAAUAUCUGUCGAUUAAGAAUAAUAAUUCAAAUAAAUAUUAAGAACAAAGUA